AUGUCCUGCUCCAGCCUGUGCGUCCCUUCCUGUGGGGUGGCCGCCCCGUGCCCGCUGGCUGACACCACCAAUGAGCCCUGCAUGCGUCAGUGCCAGAGCUCCUCGGUGGUGAUCCAGCCCCCAGCUUCAGUGGUCACCUUCCCCGGACCCAUCCUCAGCUCCUUCCCACAGCACAGCGUUGUGGGCUCAGCGGGAAUCCCUGCCAUUGCCGGGGGCUAUGGCGGCAGUUAUGGAGGCUAUGGAGGAUUUGGAGGCUAUGGUGGCUACGGUGGCUAUGGAGGCCUUGGUGGCUAUGGAGGCCUUGGUGGCUAUUUGGGCUUUGGAGGCUAUGGUAGCUGUGGAGGCUACGGAGGCUUUGGCGGCUACGGAGGCUUCGGUGGCUACGGAGGCUUUGGUGGCUAUGGAGGCUUUGGGGGCUGUGGAUAUGGAGGCUGGGGCCGCGGUCUCAGGUCCUUCGGUGGUUGGUGUGGCAGCUGGUAA